ACAGGUCUAGAAGCUUCUCCACUCUUCUUCCUGUCUUGGCCAUCCAGCGUGCAGGCUGUGGCUGCUGUAGGGAGCUUUCCUGUGCUGACACCUCUGGGAUCCAGGCACCAUGCCACGCAGCCCCACAUCCAGUGAGGAUGAGAUGGCCCAGAGUUUUUCUGACUAUUCAAUGGGCUCCGAGUCAGACAGCUCCAAAGAAGAGACCAUCUAUGACACAAUCCGGGCCACCACAGAGAAGCCAGCUGGGGUGAAGAUGGAGGAGAGCCAGGGCAACACACUGGUGAUUCGAGUGGUCAUCCAGGAUCUGCAGCAGACGAAGUGUAUUCGAUUUAACCCAGAUGCCACCGUGUGGGUGGCCAAACAGCGGAUCCUGUGCACACUGAACCAAGGCCUGAAGGAUGUACUCAACUACGGGCUCUUCCAGCCGGCCAGCAACGGGCGGGAUGGCAAGUUCCUGGAUGAAGAACGGCUGCUGCGGGAAUACCCGCAGCCCACAGGCCAGGGUGUGCCUUCCUUGGAGUUUCGCUACAAGAAGCGUGUGUACAAGCAGUCCAGCCUGGAUGAGAAGCAGCUGGCCAGGCUCCACACGAAGACCAACCUGAAGAAGUUUUUGGACCACACUCAGCAUCGCUCGGUGGAGAAGCUGGUUAAGCUGCUGGACAGAGGCCUGGAUCCCAAUUUCCAUGACCUGGAGACUGGUGAGACGCCCCUGACCCUGGCUGCCCAGCUCGAUGACUCCAUGGAGGUCAUCAAAGCUCUCAAAAAUGGGGGUGCACAUCUAGACUUCCGCGCCAGGGAUGGGAUGACCGCCCUUCACAAGGCUGCCCGGACGAGGAACCAGGUUGCCCUGAAGACCCUCCUGGAGCUUGGUGCCUCCCCAGAUUACAAAGACAGCUACGGGCUCACACCACUGUAUCACACGGCCGUUGUGGGGGGAGACCCUUACUGCUGCGAGCUCCUUCUCCACGAGCAUGCCUCCGUGUGCUGCAAGGACGAGAACGGCUGGCACGAGAUUCACCAGGCCUGCAGGUACGGCCACGUCCAGCAUCUGGAACAUCUCCUCUUCUAUGGCGCGGACAUGAGUGCACAGAAUGCCUCAGGGAACACAGCCCUGCAUAUCUGCGCCCUCUACAAUCAGGACAGCUGUGCCAGGGUGCUGCUGUUUCGAGGUGGAAACAAGGAGCUGAAAAACUACAACAGCCAGACACCAUUCCAGGUGGCAAUAAUAGCGGGGAACUUUGAACUGGCAGAGUACAUCAAGAACCACAAGGAAACAGACAUUGUACCCCUUGUGCCAACCAGGAGGGCCAUCUUGGGGGCUCUUCCCUCCUCUCACCACCCUGCCAUGGGCUGGGCCCAGUCUUGCACAGUGGAUGAGCCAGCUGGCCUGCGCCCUCCAGCAUUGGGUUUCCACAGGACCUGCAGCAGGGAACAGUCCCACUGGACCAGCAGUGUGCCCUUCCGAGAGGCCCCAGCUUAUUCCAACCGCAGGCGGCGGCCCCCCAACACAUUGGCUGCCCCCAGAGUUCUUCUGCGUUCCAACAGUGACAACAACCUCCAUGCUGGUGCACCUGAGUGGGCUGUCUGCUCUGCCGCCACCUCCCACCGAAGCCUCUCUCCUCAGCUGCUGCAGCAGACACCCAGCAAACCCGAUGGAGCCCCCAAGAGCCUUGGAAGCUACACCCCCGGGCCCCGCAGCCGCUCCCCUUCACUCAACAGGCUCGGUGGCACUGCCGAAGAUGGCAAGAGGCCACAGCCACAUUGGCAUGUUGGGUCGCCCUUCACUCCUGGUGCCAACAAGGACUCCCUCUCGACCUUUGAGUACCCAGGGCCCAGGAGGAAGCUCUACAGCGCGGUGCCUGGGAGACUCUUCGUCGCCAUCAAGCCAUACCAACCCCAAGUCGACGGCGAGAUCCCCCUUCACCGAGGUGACAGGGUCAAAGUUUUGAGCAUCGGCGAGGGUGGCUUCUGGGAAGGCAGCGCCCGUGGCCACAUCGGGUGGUUCCCAGCUGAAUGUGUGGAAGAGGUGCAAUGCCAACCCCGGGACAGCCAGGCAGAAACCCGUGCGGACCGCAGCAAGAAGCUCUUCCGGCAUUACACGGUGGGCUCCUAUGACAGCUUCGAUGCUGCGAGUGACUGCAUUAUUGAGGACAAGACGGUGGUCCUGCAGAAGAAAGACAACGAGGGCUUUGGAUUUGUGCUCCGAGGGGCAAAAGCCGAUACCCCCAUUGAGGAAUUCACACCCACACCGGCAUUCCCAGCCCUGCAGUACCUGGAGUCCGUGGAUGAAGGUGGGGUGGCAUGGCAAGCCGGACUAAGGACCGGGGACUUCUUGAUUGAGGUUAACAAUGAAAACGUCGUCAAGGUGGGCCACAGGCAGGUGGUGAACAUGAUCCGCCAGGGAGGGAGUCACCUCGUCCUUAAGGUCGUCACGGUGACCAGGAAUCUAGACCCUGAUGAUACUGCCAGAAAGAAAGCUCCCCCACCUCCAAAGCGGGCUCCAACCACGGCCCUCACCCUGCGUUCCAAGUCCAUGACGGCGGAGCUGGAGGAACUCGAUAAACCAGAAGAGAUAGUCCCAGCCUCCAAGCCCUCCAGGACCGCAGAGAACGUGGCCGUAGAAUCCAGGGUGGCGACCAUUAAGCAGCGGCCGACUAGCCGGUGCUUCCCAGCAGCCUCUGAUGUGAACUCCGUGUACGAGCGCCAAGGGAUUGCUGUAAUGACGCCCACGGUCCCUGGGAGCCCGAAAGGCCCGUUUCUGGGCCUCCCUCGAGGUACGAUGCGAAGGCAGAAAUCGAUAGACAGCAGAAUCUUUCUAUCAGGGAUAACAGAGGAAGAGCGGCAGUUUCUGGCUCCCCCAAUGCUGAAGUUCACCCGAAGCUUGUCCAUGCCGGACACUUCUGAGGACAUCCCCCCUCCGCCACAAUCUGUGCCCCCAUCUCCCCCUCCACCUUCCCCCACCACAUACAACUGCCCCAGGUCCCCGACUCCAAGAGUCUAUGGGACAAUUAAGCCUGCGUUCAAUCAGAACCCUGUUGCCAAGGUGCCCCCAGCCACCAGGUCUGACACUGUGGCCACCAUGAUGCGGGAAAAGGGGAUGUUCUACAGGAGAGAGCUAGACCGCUUCUCCCUGGACUCGGAAGACGUCUACAGCCGCAGCCCCGCCCCACAGGCUGCCUUCCGCACCAAGCGGGGACAGAUGCCGGAGAACCCGUACUCAGAGGUGGGAAAGAUAGCCAGCAAGGCCGUCUACGUCCCUGCCAAGCCAGCCAGGCGGAAGGGCAUGCUGGUAAAGCAGUCCAACGUGGAGGACAGCCCUGAGAAGAUCUGCUCCAUCCCAAUCCCAACCAUCAUCGUUAAGGAGCCCUCUACCAGCAGCAGCGGCAAAAGCAGCCAGGGCAGCAGUAUGGAGAUUGACCCCCAGGCAACCGAGCCCGGCCAGCUCCGGCCAGAUGACAGCCUCACCGUCAGCAGCCCCUUUGCUGCAGCCAUUGCCGGGGCUGUGCGUGACCGGGAGAAGCGUCUGGAAGCCAGGAGGAAUUCCCCAGCCUUCCUCUCCACAGACCUGGGAGAUGAGGAUGUGGGUCUGGGCCCACCUGCUCCCCGGAUGCGGCCCUCCAAGUUCCCUGAGGAGGGUGGGUUUGGUGAUGAGGACGGAACGGAACAACCACUGUCGCCUACCCCCGGGGCAGCACCCAGAGAGCUGGAGAACCACUUCCUAGGUGGUAGUGAGGCUGGUUCUCAGGGGGAACCCGGGGGACCCCUGAGUUCCGCAUCCAAAGCCAAGGGUCCCGAGAGUGGCCCAACAGCUCCUCUCAAGAGCAGCAGCCCAGCCAGCCCUGAGAAUUAUGUGCACCCACUCACAGGGAGGCUGCUCGACCCCAGCUCCCCGCUGGCCCUGGCACUCUCUGCCAGGGACCGAGCCAUGCAGGAGUCCCAGCAGGGGCCCAAGGGGGAGGCCCCCAAGGCCGACCUUAACAAGCCUCUCUACAUCGAUACCAAAAUGCGGCCCAGUGUGGAGUCAGGCUUUCCUCCGGUCACCAGGCAGAACACUAGAGGUCCCCUGCGACGGCAAGAGACAGAGAACAAGUACGAGACGGACCUGAGCAAAGACCGGAGGGGGGAUGACAAGAAGAACAUGCUGAUCAACAUCGUGGACACCGCCCAGCAGAAGUCAGCCGGCCUGCUGAUGGUACACACGGUGGAUGUUCCCACAGCAGGGCCGCCCCUGGAGGAAGAGGAGGACGGAGAGGAUGGGGACACAAAGCCAGACCAUUCACCCUCCACAGUGCCAGAAGGCAUUCCCAAAACCGAAGGUGCUUUACAGAUCUCCGCCGCCCCGGAGCCCGCCGCCGCGCCCGGCAGGACCAUCGUGGCAGCGGGCUCCGUGGAAGAGGCGGUUAUUCUGCCAUUCCGCAUCCCCCCUCCCCCUCUGGCGUCCGUGGACUUGGAUGAGGACUUUCUUUUCACAGAACCAUUGCCACCUCCCCUGGAAUUCGCAAAUAGUUUUGAUAUCCCCGACGACCGUGCAGCUUCGGUUCCCGCUCUUGCUGACCUGGUGAAGCAGAAGAAGAACGACGCCCCUCAGCCCCCUUCCUUGAACUCCAGCCAACCAGCCAACUCCACGGACGGUAAGAAGCCAGCCGGCAUCUCAAACUGCCUGCCCUCCUCUUUCCUACCACCCCCUGAGAGCUUCGACGCAGUCACCGACUCUGGGAUCGAGGAGGUGGACAGCCGGAGUAGCAGCGACCACCAUCUCGAGACAACCAGCACCAUCUCCACAGUGUCCAGCAUCUCCACGCUGUCCUCAGAGGGCGGGGAGAGCAUGGAUACUUGCACAGUCUAUGCAGAUGGACAAGCCUUUGUGGUUGACAAGCCCCCAGUACCUCCAAAGCCAAAAAUGAAGCCCAUUGUUCACAAAAGCAACGCACUUUACCAAGACACGCUCCCGGAAGAGGACACGGAUGGCUUUGUGAUCCCCCCACCCGCACCCCCGCCCCCGCCGGGCAGUGCCCAGGCCGGUGUGGCAAAGGUCAUCCAGCCAAGGACCUCCAAGUUGUGGGGUGACGUCACAGAGGUCAAAAGCCCAAUUCUCUCAGGCCCAAAGGCAAAUGUCAUUAGUGAGCUAAACUCCAUUCUGCAGCAGAUGAACAGGGGGAAAUCGGUCAAGCCUGGGGAAGGUCUGGAGCUGCCAGUGGGAGCCAAGUCAGCCAACCUCGCUCCAAGAAGCCCGGAGGUCAUGAGCACUGUCUCAGGUACACGGAGCACGACGGUCACCUUCACUGUUCGCCCUGGCACCUCCCAGCCCAUCACCCUGCAGAGCCGGCCCCCAGACUAUGAAAGCAGGACCUCAGGACCAAGACGUGCCCCAAGCCCUGUGGUCUCGCCAACGGAGUUGAGCAAAGAGAUUCUGCCCACCCCUCCAUCUGCUGCCGCAGCCUCUCCCUCCCCCACACUCUCAGAUGUCUUUAGCCUUCCGAGCCAGUCCCCCGCAGGGGACCUCUUUGGCUUGAACCCAGCAGGACGCAGCAGGUCGCCAUCCCCUUCAAUACUGCAACAGCCAAUCUCAAAUAAGCCUUUUACAACUAAGCCUGUCCACCUGUGGACAAAACCAGAUGUGGCAGACUGGCUGGAAAGUCUGAACUUGGGUGAACACAAGGAGACCUUCAUGGACAAUGAGAUUGACGGCAGCCACCUGCCGAACCUCCAGAAGGAAGACUUGAUCGAUCUUGGGGUGACUCGAGUUGGGCAUAGGAUGAACAUAGAAAGGGCUUUGAAGCAGCUGCUGGACAGAUAAGGGUGGUUGCCCUGGGCCUUCACAGACUCCUCUGUUAUAAGUAGAGAUGGGCUUAUGUUGACAUGUGUGGUGGCCAAGCAGAGGCUGAGAGCACCAAUCUCCGGUCCGUGGGUUUGUCUCUGGGUACCCAAAGAAGUGCUGUGGGUGUCCUUGGUAUGGCCAAACCGGGGCCUCAAAACAACCCAGCUCUCCAUGCAGAUUUCUUGGGCGGCUUCUGUCCAAAGGGACGGUAAGGGGGUUUUCUGUCAUGGUCUCAGAGGCUCCCAUCGAUGGCAUGUGGGACCCUCUCCUUCUGUGGCAGGUACCAGUGUACUCCAGAUACCUCCUGAGGCCUCCCUCCUCUGCCUCCUGGGCAGCUCUCACCCUCAGCCCCAGAACACAGCCUUUCUUCAGGCCUAUGGUUCCUGGGUGGGCUCCUUGGCUCCUGUCCCUCCCCUGUGCUUGACUCUCAGUGAGCAGCUCCAGGUGAGCCCUGCCUGAGCCAGCUGGUAGAGAAACACCGUCCAUCCCAUCUGCCUCCUUGUCCGACUCCUGUGACGUGUAUCUGAGCUUUCUUUGGCUCCAAGGUCCUUGGCAGUGGUGGCUGUGUGGACAGGAUCGUGCCCAGCUUGCUUAACUCUCUUUAUUUCUGCAAACCGAUUAGCAUAAUUCCAGGGUGGCCAAAGUCACACGGAGUUAGUCAAAGCACAAAGUCACGAUCCUGAGGAGGAAGGAGGCCUGGCCGCCGAGCCAGCCGGUGUGUGUGGCUGCCCAAGCACACAACCUCCUCCGAGACGAGAGCAGGUGUGUCUGCCCAGAGCAUCUGCCUAGGAGGGAGAGGUGGAGGCUCUCAAAAUUUACUUUAAUUGGAUGUCUGCUGAGCUCCACAGAGGUCAGAACAGGUGAGCAUCCGCUCUAACAAGGACAAGAAGACCCGAGGCUCGUGGUAAGCAGGGCCGCCACAGGGAAGUUGUCCUCCUUGUGAGCCAAUGGGAUACCAUGCUCUCUGUUCCACACCGGGCCAUGGGUGAGCAUCCUGCUGAGGCAGCCCUUUGGCUCUCAUAGGCCAAGAGAGGUGGAACUCAGGGGCCUUUCUCCCUUCCCUCAGAUAGUGGGGGUCCCACCAGCUUGUCUUAA